UGGAGCAACCAAGCAGAGGGAUAUAUUUAAGCCCACCCUUUCCCUUGAUCUUCUCCAGAUGAGCUGAAACAGAAAAAGGAAGCACAUUAACAACAAACAGCAUUUCUCUAGAAACUGAUCGUUAGCAGACACAUCCUGGUUUCGCCUUCAAUCUGACCUUGGCAGCAUGGAGCAGCUGUUGUUUUUCAUCUUCCUUCUAGGCAUCUCGGCAGGUUCUGCAGAAGAUCUCUCCAGAAAGAUCUUCACCUUUCCAACAACCUCCUCUUCUGCGUUUGUAAAACUCAAACCUAACAUGGAAGGUGACCUUCAAAAUGUGACAGUCUGUCUGAAAUAUGCCACAGAUUUAUCCCGUGAGAAUUCCCUUUUUUCUCUGGCCACACCUACAAAUCAAAAUGCUUUUCUCAUCUUUAACGUAAAGCCAGGGAUUGUAAGACUGCAUGUUGGAUCAGCUGCUCAUGCUGACUUUUGGGUACCACAAGCAAAAGAAGUUCUUCCACCCUGGACUCACAUAUGUGCAACAUGGGAGUCAGGCAGUGGUCUGGGCCAGCUGUGGAUCAAUGGUAUGGGGACUGUAAGAAAAGGAAUCAGCAAGGGGUUCAAACUAAAUGAAAAAAUCAGCAUUCUACUAGGCCAAGAGCAGGACUCCUUUGGUGGUGGAUUUGAUUCAAGCCAGUCAUUUGUUGGCCAGAUUUCUGAUGUUCACAUGUGGAAUUAUGUCUUGUCUCCUUGUGACAUUAUUGGUGUUUAUAAUAGCUUUAACUUCACCCCAGGAAAUGUUUUGAAUUGGAAAGAAAUGCAAUAUGAAUUGCAUGGGUAUGUUAUUUUGGAAAGCGAAAGCAAGAUGCAGUGCCAAAGUGGUUAUUCAUAACUAUUUAAUAUAAGUGCAACACUGUGAGGUUUUUAACCCUACACCUUCUACAUGUUCACUGUUGUAGCAACUCAAAAAGUCUACUGUUCACUUGCAAAUCUUGAAAUAAAACCCUCCUUUAACAAGC